AUGACUCGGAAACUUUCUGUCUCUUUGGAAAUGGAAGAUCAUCCAUUAGAAGAUGACAUUGUGGAAGAAAGAGAGGAAAUCAUGGCUUCAGCCAGCGGUGGAUUCCUACAAAAGAGGACAGCCCAUUUCUUGAAGCCUGCUGUACCCUGCAAUAAAGCUUCAAACUUGAAGCUUCCUUAUCUUUCACCUAAACCAUGGUGGCUUCUGCAUGUGGAAUUCAAUGGCUGGAGAGACCCACAAAAGAAGUGGGAAAAGUGGGUUGAUCAAAUGCAGUCCAAGCACCAAUCUUUAUGGAAAAAAGCUGGAAUCUUUGAGGCUAUUAUGUGCUCAAAGUACAGGUUUCAUAGAAAUAAAGACUUGGUUUUCGGGUUAGCAGAGAGAUGGUGCUCUGAGACCAAUACUUUUGUUUUCCCUUGGGGUGAAGCUACUAUAACUCUAGAAGAUGUGAUGAUUCUUGGUGGUUUUUCUGUUUUGGGUGGCCCUGUCCUAUUGCCUUUGGAAGAAAAAGAAUUGGUUGAGAUCGAAAGGAGUUUGAAAAAAGUGCUUGCCAACUUUGGCAGGAUGAAAAGACAUAGCCAUCUUCAAUGGUUGAAUUUCUUCAUGAAGUCUGUAAAUAGACAUGAGCAUGAAGCUUUUCUUUCCCUCUGGCUGUCGAGGUUUGUUUUCCCUGGGAACGAAUUUGAUCAAAUUGGAGAACAUGUCUUGCCAAUUGCAGUACAUCUUUCUAGAGGCGUGAAAAUUGCACUUGCACCGGCUGUUCUUGCUUCGAUAUACAGGGAUUUGAGCUUGUUGAAAGAAUCAAUGGCUGUUGCGUGCAGUCUAGAGGAUGAAUCCGGUGAAGGUAGCUUUUUGGCACUUGGCCUUUGGGCACCUUUGCAAUUAGUUCAGCUUUGGGCCUGGGAGAGGUUCCUGAUGUUUCGCCCAGAGCCAAAUUUCCUCAGCUUUGGUGAUCCAAGAGCAGCUCGAUGGCAUGAUCUGAAGAGGUCUGCUAUUGGAAAUGUAAGGCCUAUCAUUGAUUCCUCUGUAGACAUUUUCUUGUGGAGACCUUAUACUUUGGCAGUGGAUCAGUGGAAAUUUCCUGAAUUCUAUAGGGAGACAGAACAAUGGGUAGAUAUUGGUAGAUGCCUGGAUGAGGCAUUGGAGUCCUUUGCUCGGUGCUUGAGAGCUUGUGUGCUUGUUGGGAUUGAUUGUGAAGAGCCUUACCAGCCACAUCGCGUAGCAAUGCACUUUGGAUUAGAUCAAGAUAUUCCAGGUUUGGUCCCUCGUUCGAUUGAAAUCCUUGAAGUAGCCUGGAUGAAUUACAGCAAACCUUUAAAUCAUGGUGCAAGCUUGUAUGUUCCGGCUAGGCUAUUUGAAUCAGAUUUGAGCACACAAUAUCAGCAAUGGUGGAGCAAAUCAGUGUUGGUUCCAACAGAUUCUUUUCAAGGUGUCUCGCGAGGACAUAGGAGUUUGAGGAUACAACAAAGAAGAAAUUUUCUGAUUUCAAGACAAACUGGAUUGGGAGGCACUGGAUACUGUGGUAAUACUAUUGUUGCAAAAGAAAGAGCUUCUAUCGAAGCAAAAAUUAAGCUGGAAAGCAAUGACUCUGAUGUUUCACCUUUGCAUUUGCGCAAAGGGAACCACCCUCCAAUUGUGAGGAUACAAAAUUUUCCCCAGAAGCAGAUCAAAACAGAAGGCAAUGAUGCUGAUGUUCCUCCUGGAUUUCCUCCCAAAAAUAACCACAGUCCGUUUGUGCGGACAGAAACUUCUACCAAGCAGUGCAAACAAGAAGUUGUUUUUGACAUAAAUCUUCCCCCUGCCUUUCAUCCGGAAUUGAACAGCUUGUCGGAACAAAAACAAGUUCCAGGAGGGGUGCUGAAAGGGUGCAAUAAUCGUGCAAGCAGCUAUUGUGCUGCUGUUGAUGAAUUGAAGAUUUCUUCAGGUUCUCAAAUUCAAGGAAAUUCUUCAUCAGCAGCUGCAGCAGAUGGAACUUCAGGAAGCCUACAACCCUCUUGGCAACCAGUAGGAAGGAACAUUUACACAGGAAAUCCAGGUAACACAGGACAUGCACAUGACAUGAGCAUCCAUGGAAAUGGAAGCCACAGCAGUUGCACUUUCAAAUUUAGCUCACUAAUAUUAGCAAACAUGCAAGCUUACAUGAAUAGAAUUGGAAGUGAAGAAGGUAGAAAGCCACAUGGUAGCAGGAUUGGAGAUGUUUGUCAGUUGGGUGGAAAACCAAUGUAG